UAGCAUCUUUAAACAUUUUGUUGAAUAGUUCCGCCUGACUACUCUAAAGGGCCACCAGAGCUAACACAGGAACAGGCUGAUCGGUGUUUCCUUUUAUUUUUAAGGAGGAAAUCAUAGCCAUUUGAUGGAUGUUCCUUUGUCAGAAGCAAAUGACUUCAAGUUAGCGUAUCAAAGUUAUGGAGCUAUAGUUUAUAUAUUACGGUUUUCUCUUCUAUUUUGUAAGGCUGUCUGUUGCGCUGUGAUUUACUGGGUUUUUGUUUACAAUAAAGUAACGUCGUCUUCCGACCAAUUUAUUUAACUGAAAGUAAAAUAUGGCUGAAAAGAUGGAUGUCGAAAGUCCUAUGACUGAAGAGAAAGCCGAUACCAAAGACAGCAUUCUAGACGAUCCAGUGUAUUGCGACCCAUGCUUGCUGUCAGAAAACGAAACUACGGCAUUUAAGUAUUGCAAUGAAUGUGAAGAGAAGCUUUGCGAUGACUGUGCUAAAAGUCAUUCCAAACGAAAGGUGACAUCGUCCCAUAAGUUGAUUUCAGUAGAAGAUAUAGUGAAGAAUGCAGAAGGUAAUCCCCUUUGUUCUCCGUGUGCAGACACUGAUAAGAGGUCGAAAGCUGAUACAUUCUGUAAGGAAUGUGAUGAAUAUCUUUGCAGCCAAUGCACGCGUUCUCACAAAAUGAGAAGGGCGACACGAUUUCAUGAACCGAUUGACGUUGAAUAUUUGAAAAGUCAGUCACGACAGUCCGAUGAAAUGAUUCCAUUAUGCCAGCCGUGUGAAGACAAUAAUAGCGCUACUCGGGCGGCCAAUUAUUGCAAAGAAUGUGAUGAGUACCUUUGUGAAUCCUGUACAAAAAAGCACUUGAAUAGAAAAGCUACAAAGUCACAUACCCCUGUUUCAGUCUCUUUGCUGCAAAACGAACAAGAGGGUCAGGUCGAACCAGAUAAGAUUUGCGAUCCUUGCGUUAGUGUAAACAGAAACAAAAUAGCUGCAUCGUUUUGUCAAGAAUGUGAAGAACUGCUUUGUGCUGAGUGUACAAAUCAGCACAGGACUAAAAAAAUUACAAAAUCACACUCUCUUAAAAGUCCAGAGUUUGUUGAGUACGUGAAAAUUGACUGUACCAUUUGUGAUAAUAGAAGUAUUCAAGCAGUUAUGUUUUGCAAAUCCUGUGAAGAGGCACUGUGUGAACUUUGUGCUAAAAAGCAUAGUUCCCAGAAAAUUACAAAAACUCACACACUUGAAUCAAUUAAGGGCAUAAUUUUAAAGCAGAUGAUUCCAUGUGAUCCAUGCCAAGACAACGACGAAGUUAAGAAAGCGGAAACAUAUUGCAUACAAUGUAAAGAGAACUUAUGCGAAUCUUGCACCAGUUAUCACAAAGGACAAAAAGUUACCAGACAGCACGAGCUUUCAACUCCAAAAGAGCCCGUAUCGACUCGAGAUGUGUCUUGUGACCCCUGCAUGGAAAGAGAAAUAAAGAUGAACGCCAAAGUGCACUGUCUUGAGUGUGAAGAGAACUUAUGCAAUGACUGCGAACAAAGGCACAGAAAACUUAAACUCACAAAAUCUCACAAAUUUGUGUCAUUAAACGAGGCCCCCAAACGCGAUUUAAAAUGCUGUGAUCAAUGUGAAACAGGGGAAAGUGCUAUCAAAUAUUGCGCCGACUGUCAAGGAUAUGUAUGUUGUGAAUGUUGCAAAGCACACGAACGUACUAAACUGCUCAAAACACACAAAUUGAUUGAGAUUGAAGACGUUGAUAAGGUCAUCAAACCGGACUGUAAUUCUUGUAACAAACGUGGAGCUGCUGAAUCAUAUUGUAAAGAAUGUGAAGAAUUUUAUUGUAAAGAUUGCUGUAGGCAACAUCAGUCUAUGAAAGCAACUCGAACACAUCAACUCGUGUCUGCAGAAGAAGGCCUUAAAGACGGUAGCGCAAGAGCAAAUGUUGAUGACGAAAGCACGAAUUUAAGCGGACAACCUACUGGAAAUGAAAGGAAUACUGUUACUAAACAUGUCGACAAUGAAGCCAAGGAUCGGCCAGGAAAACCAAGGAUAUCGGACGUCCUCGCUGACUCUGUAACAUUGUCAUGGGAUCCACCAUCAACAUUUGGAGAAGAUGACUAUUACCAGAUAAGCUUCAAAGAUUUAGAUCAUAACAAAAAGUGGAGAUUUUUUCAAGCCGAGUUCAGAUCUUCAACCGCUGUUCUCAACGAUGUAAAGUCGAAUACAGUCUUUAUUUUCCGUGUUCGUGUUGUAUAUGAAGACGGCGAGGGACCAUACAGCGAAGAGAGCGACAAAAUAGUUACAUCUGAUUCUCCAGCAACGCGAAUCGUCAAAUUCGCCUUGAAAAAAACAGCAGGAAAUCCAUCACCAUCAAAAUAUGCUCUUCCAGUGACAGAGAUAAGGGCUGCAAGAAAUGAAAAAGCGAAGACCAAGAAGUUCGAGCUCGGGGCACCACCACUGGUCGAGGGCAAAUCUAGAACAAUUAUGCUUGUAGGGGCUACAGGCACUGGCAAAAGUACACUAGUCGAUGGAAUUGUGAAUUAUAUCCUUGGAGUAAACUGGGACGAUCCAUUUCGGUUUACAGUAAUUGACUUGGAACAGGAAGAAAAAGACAGAGAAAAAAAUCAGGCUUUGAGUCAGACAGAAUGGAUAACAUGUUACACAAUCAACCCGGAAAAGGGCAGUCGAUUGAAAUGUCAGCUAAAUAUCAUAGAUACUCCCGGUUUUGGAGACACACGUGGAUUAAAACGGGAUCAGGAAAUCGUGGAGCAGAUACGUCAACUCUUCUCCGAAAAACAGCCAAAAGGUGUCACGUUUAUAGAUGCAGUUUGUUUUCUUAUAAAAGCCCCAGAUGCACGUCUUACUGCCGUACAAAGUUAUAUUUUCCAGUCAGUGAUGUCGUUAUUCGGGAAAGAUAUCGAAAAAAAUAUAUGUUCCCUCAUAACAUUUGCAGAUGGAGUAGAUCCACCUGUUUUAGCUGCACUCAAUGAAUCUGGACUACCUUUUGGUCAAAGCUUUACUUUCAAUAAUUCUGGUCUUUUCGCCAAAAAUGUCAAUAUCAGUGCUGCGAGCUUGUCGCCGAUGUUUUGGGACAUGGGAUUGAAAAGUUUCCGUGCAUUCUUUGAUCACCUUGGAAAAGUUGAAACAAAAAGUCUCCAGCUGACCAAAGAUGUCCUUGAUGAACGGUCCAGACUAGAAGCAACUAUAAAAAAUCUACAACCUCAGCUUGAUGCCGGACUUUCAAAGGUCAACUGUCUCAAGCAAGAAAUUAAGAUCAUUGAACAGAACAAGUCUUUAAUAAAAGAUAACAAAGACUUUGAGUACGAAGUUGAAGAAACACAACAAAAAAAGAAAGAGUUGCCAAGAGGCCAACACGUUACUAACUGCACUAACUGCCAUUUUACUUGUCAUGAUAAUUGUGCUUUUGCUAAUGACGAUGAGAAGGCCAGAUGUUGUGCGAUGGGUCCAGAUGGGAAUUGCAAAAUAUGUCCAGACAACUGUCAUUGGCAAAAGCAUGCUAACACGCCAUAUAUAUUUGAGUAUGUCAAUGUCAAAGUAAAGAAAACGUAUGCAGAUAUGCAGAAAAAGUAUAAAGAGGCGACUGGGAAGCUAUUAUCACAGGAAGAAAUAGUUGAAAAGCUUGGAGAAGAAUUAGGUGAUUUAUUGGAUGAUAUAGAGGAUAUGAUGGUAAUCAUCAAAUCAUGCACCGAAAGGCUAGAAGAAAUUGCACUUAGACCUAAUCCUCUAACGAUGACAGAACAUAUUGAUUUGAUGAUUGAAAACGAGAAACUUGAGAAAAAAGAUGGAUUUCUACAGAGAAUAAAUGUACUAAACGAGUUCCGGAAGAGAGCUCAGAUAUCUACUGAAUUUGAGCAGUUUAAAACUGAGGCAAACGCAACUCUUGGAUCAGUCGGCAAGAAGAGGAACCGUGACACAAAAUCCAUCUUAGCUAGGAUGGGGGCUUGGUUUAAAGAUAAGCUAUCAUAAGACUUAUAUAUAUAACUGUAUAACUAUGUUACGUUACACGAAACUUAAAUAUCACAUUUUUAAGUUCUUAUAUGCUUAAGAUAAGAUCCUCUUAUUGAUCAAUACAAGAUACCAAUUAGCCAUUUUGAGUAAAAGCUUUGAAAACAAUACGAAAUUUUGCUUUUAUACACAGGCAUACUUCUUUUAACUCGCAUUUUGUCUGUACAAUUGGUCCAUGCAGAACACAAUUUAUAGAAUAUUGCUUGAACGUUACUUUUGAUAUCGAUCUUUUUAUGAUUCUCAAUACUAAAUAUUCCGCAAACGUUUUCAUCUGCUUUGAAAUUAAUGAUAAUUUUGACACCGUAAAAUACUGGAAACAUCCAUUCAACGUGAUACGUUAUGCAAUCUCGAGAAGCUCAAGCUCAAGAAUAACUAACUUCAUGAAACAUAAAGUGGUCGCCCAGCACGACAUUAAAAUGUUGCACGCUCUGCUUGAAAACUGCAUAUGUGUUGCAAAAGACUGUUUUUACUGGGUGAAAGAUCUAAAAUAACUUGAAUCUUAAAUAUUUUUCCAGUCCUGUGUUGUUGCCUUUAUUUUCAUUUUUAUUUAAUUUUUUUAAUUUUUUGUUUUAACACAAAAAUGCUACUUUCAUAGCUAACAUUUUACUCUUUGUCACUUAAUAUAUGUUAUUGUUGUAUUUGACACAUUCGCUUAAACCAGUUUUCAGAAAUCUAACAGUAAAGAUAUAAGUUUUACAGCAUUAAAUACAUUUCUAUUACAUUUAUGAUUUUUUAAGCUAUGCCAGUUUCCGACAAAAAAUUAAUUUUAGAUUUGAUUUACUCAUAAAUCUCUUAUAUAUUAUCAAAUUCUUUCUGAUUACUAUCUUAAUUUCCAAUAAAUGUCUUGACUUUGUUUACAUUUCCAUCCAAUGGAGUGUGUAUCUUUAUAAUUGUGUAGGUAUUCAUAUAAAUUAAUAUCUUUAUUUUGGAGAAAAAAUACCAUUCUUUACAAUUAAUUGUCUUUCGCAGUUCAAAUUAAAAUGAUAUUUUCUUUGCUAUGAAACAGUGAAAACAUCAUUUUGAUUCCACUGAUAUAUUCUAGUAUUUUGUUUUUCACUACAAUAUAGAUAUUUUUUUCAGAGUAUGAUCUUACAAUCGAGGGAACACCAGGGGAAAAAGUGUUUAUCCAAAUAUCAUUCAUUUUGUGCACAAGUGGAAAAAUCAAAUACAAUUUUACUGUGAAUUUACAACUUGUAUCAAUAAAUCAAUACGAAUAUGUUAUAUACGAGGACAUUUGCUGACCUCAUUAUGAACUAAAAUAUUUUUCUACGCUCUAUGCUUAUUGUGUGUUUCGUUCAUCAUUAGCUUAAUAAAUGUGAUGAUUUGUUGAAUGAAUAUUUUAGUAGAUUUUAAUUAGUUUGGUCUGGAAGUAGUGAAGUACUUUAGUUUUAAUUUUAGACCGCAACUUUUUGUGGAUAAUAUAAUUCUUUUGUGUGUGUGUGUGUGUGUGUGUGUGUGUGUGUGUGUGUGUUUUAAGCAUGCUUAAAGAUCCAUCUGCUCAUUCAUAGUAAGUGAGAUGCGUGCACUUCAUUUGCAUUCCAAAUAAAUGUUAACCAGUUCGACACAUUUCGGAAUGAAAAUCAUUCUUCUUUUAAACUUUGUAAUGAUUCGUGAAAUGUCUGCUUUUUACACGAUGUGUACAAUCGCAUUUCUUCGUUCAGAUUAUAGCAUUUGAGAUUUAAAAAUCAUAACGGAAUCGUUUUAGCCAAGAUAAGAAUAAAUGUUUAUAAGCUUCUAUUUCUACCUUACUGCACAAUUUGUAAUUUGUUUGAAUUUUUGUUCAUUUAAGUAAACAAUUACUUUACGUACUUAUAUGUGUAGGCGAAUUUAAAACUAACAGUAUUUUUCAUAAUGUAGAUGAGUAAACAAUGUUUAGCAUAAAUAAAACGUAUAAGAAAGAAUAUUCUGUAGAAUUAAGUAAAAGAAUAGCUAACUCAUUUCACUGAGCUUUUCAUGAAAGAUAUGAAUCAUUCUGCUAUUAACCAAUACAUUUUUUUGUAUAUAUAUAUGUUGGUGACUCAUUGAAUUUUAUAUAUAUAUAUAUAUAUGUGUGUGUGUGUGU